GCCACAGGCGCCGCAAGUGCCUGUAGAGCCCUCUGUCGAGGCAUGAAAACACCAAAAUUUUCAUGCGCUAUGUUUUGAGUAGUGCUAAACCAAUUCGUUUCGCUUAUAAUUUCCUUUCGUUUUCUUGUAUCUGGCUACGCAGGGUCCCCCCGUAUCCCCAGAAUUGUUGAACGCCGAGAUGAGAGCGACGGCCCGGAGCAAUCGUCCUGUCGUCACGUCGCAGACCGCAGCCGAGUAAACGCGAUGACCCAUGGCUGCCGAAUCCGGAGGAAAGAGCGAAAAUGUCGUCUUGGAACCUUACAUCCACCAGGUCGGGGGACGGUCGUCCAUGCUCUGUCUUGACGAGUUGACACUCUGCAAGCCACUGAUACUGCAAGAACUUAAAUUCUACGAAAACUUACCAGAUGUUCUCAAGCCUUUCACAUCCGAAUACAAAGGUGUCGUUGAAGUAGCACUGCUGGAGGACCCCGAUGGCUACCUGACACUGACAGCGCAUCCCUCGUACGACCUCCUGAAGAAUGGCUGUGCCUCUAGUCAUACCAUCAAGGGCACGGAAAGCAUUACGAGCCUCAAGGCCAGAAAGUACAGGAUGCGCUGGCAGAAGGCUGGCAGCAUCGAGAUUGAGCCGGUUCUGACGGACGGCACGCAGCUGUUUGAGGAGGACGACGGCAAGGACAGCUUCACGACGCACAACCCGUGGAUCGUUCGCUGCCACAACUUGCAGAUUCAACGAUUCCUCUCAUCAUCUGGAAGCCCCAGAGAGUUCCUGCUCCUGGAGAAUCUAACAGCCCGUUACACAUUUCCCUGUAUCCUGGACCUGAAGAUGGGCACCCGGCAGUAUGCAGACGACGCUUCUGAAGAGAAGCGCCGAAGCCUUGACGCCAAGACGGCCGCCACCACUUCGAGUCCGCUCGGGCUUCGCAUUUGCGGCAUGCAGGUGUACCAACAGAACCUUGGCUACUACAAGUGCCACAACAAGUACUUUGGCCGGUCACUUAACGUGGAAGGCUUCCGGCAGACCCUGUACCACUUCCUUCACGAUGGCAUGCGCUUCCGCUUCGACAUCCUGCUGCCCCUCAUCGACCGGCUCCAAGCACUCACUAAGGCAAUAGAGCAGCUGGAGUGCUUUCGUUUCUACACGAGCUCGCUUCUGAUCCUGUACGAGGGCAAAGGGCCCGACGGGAACUCAAACGACUGCAGCGAGGCACCACCGCCGCCGCCACCCAAGGAGAGCGCGUUCGCCAAGAAGUCGCCGGUGGACGUUAGGAUGAUCGACUUCGCCCACUCAGUGUACAGCCCAAAGGACAAAGGGCCAGACGAGGGCUACCUCUUUGGCCUCAGGAACCUCAUCACUCAGCUGCAAAUCCUGAAGCAGGACAACCUGAGCGCCGCCACGGAGGCCCUGCAACUGAAGUGCGACAACGCUUCCGCGAAGAAAAUCGAAGUGGCUUCGAGAGCAACCAACAAGUGAGACGAUCGCACAACCGAGAGUGGUCGGUACGAUCGAGCCUCGCUGGCGCUGGUUCCGGCGAGUGAUCCCUGGCAUCGACGCAGCGCAGUAGUGGUAUGGUGGAAGAAUCGCUGCCAUGUGAAUAGUAUACGAGUGGCUGAGCCAAGCGAACGGCUGAAAGCGGUCAGAACAAAUGAAUCAAGGUUGAACAUUGCACGUUCCUCCUAGUUACGACUAGAUCGGAGCCCUGCGUGUCGGAAAAAUUGCGGACGGAUGAGCUCGCCAAUGGCUGUGAGCCGUUGUUUGUUCUUGCAGAGAUGCGCAUGGCCUUGGAACUUCCAUGGCUACGCCCCCAAGCCUGGAAGGUUUGAACACCGCUGCUCCCCUGAGUUGAAACGAUUGGCACAAGAAGGGGAGGAUAAUCCCGGACUCGCAAAUUACACGAACAUUGCCGUUUUGGUCACACUCACGUUGACAACUCAGUCUCAUCUUGCUCAUGCGUCAUUUGCAUGUAGAGACUGUCAGGAAACAUGACAAUGACAUGCCAUUGUAGCUGGCUGUUGCACAAACCCAUUGUCUCCAGGACAUCAAGUUGCGAAAAUGAGCUAAGGGAACUUGAUUAUGAGCUUGUGGCUGGCUGAUGCGAAGCACGUUGUCAUGUGGAGCAACAGCAACGGAAGAGGCAAGGUAUUGGCAUUUCUUCAUCAAAACUCUAACUUCACUUGAACAGGCAGCCGCAGCUCUUUUUUUUAGCCACAGCAAAGCAAGCGAUGGCACAGAUUGCUAAAGAACCUCAUAAAAGAGGACUGUAGGCAUCAUGUUGUGCAAAGCAGGACAAUGAUGAAACUGCUAUCGCAGUACGGGCUGCUUACCUAAAAAUCAUUAAUAGAUUGGGUGCACUUGGUGGCCAUAUAUUUAAUUUUUCGGAGAUGCUAUUUUGAGCGUGCAAAGUUGGGCCCCAUGUCGAGUGGCACACAAUCACUGUGACCAAGAAUUGAGUUCUGGAACGUGGCUGAAGACAGUAGUGCUGCAGUUUUUAGGGUUGCUUGCAAAAGCUUGUCUAUACAGAUACUUUUAGUCAUUCCACAAAGGGCGCUUUAUCGCUUCCAGAGCCAGUAUUGUAGCAUGCACAAUAUUUGCAAGCACAGGUAGUAAUGAGAGCGACUUUUGCCGUUGGUUUACUGCAGUGGCUUCAGUGAUGUGCUGCAUCACAUCAGUACGCAACAUGUUCUUUUUUUCAUCCUUUCACAUCGGACAUGAUGAUCAUUGCUGUUUGGUUACUCUAUUGCACAGUCAUAAAACUUCUCUCACACGUUGAAGUUUUUUUUUUGUUUGCGAGUAGUGGGUUGAUGGUGCAAGAUUUGUGGCAGCCCUGUGGCGUGCUGCUGCCAACACACAACUGCCCUUGAUUGCCCACUAAGGAGGCAUAUGCAUUUUCUAGAGUUGUGUAGGAAAGACAUGUUUUUGUGCCACAUUGCCGCUGCUUGCUUUGAAUGCCAGUCCCCUCGUCAUUUAACUGCACCAGCAUUCUCCGAAGUACAUCCAAGACCAUUAUUUCACCUCCGCAUUUAUUGUUUCACCGACAUUCACAUGUGUGUGAGUGCAGCUCUGAGAAUGUCUGAGAGCAAAAAAUUAUUUUCUGUAACCCGGCAUUCAAACUUCUUUUCGUUCAUGUGUGCGAGCACGAGGCAUUGAUUUCUCACUUGUAACCAACCAUACACUAACACAGCAGCUUGACACUGCACACUCAUCGAGAGUUUACAAACUACAGGUGUUACAAAAGACCAAAUAAUGCUCAGCAUUUUGGAUCGUAAUGUGGUAUGGAUGGUACAUUGAAGCACCACUUGGGAAAAUUUAGGAAGUACUACUCAACUCCCUGCGUGCACGAAUGUCUAGAUUUUUCCCUGCAUCUGUGGUUCCGAAACUUUGUUUUCGACUUGGGUGCUGGUGUCACCUGGGAGCAGUUUUCGAUGAUGACAUUUCUUCUCGAUAUCUCACGGGUGCAAUUUUUUCGACGUUAUAGAAAGCUUUGACAAAGAAUGAACUUGUAGUGUUGUUGGUUUUCCCGAACUCUGAGCAAUAUAUGUGUGCUUGCCAUGCAAGUGUUGUACCUUUUUUUUUUCUUCUUCCGCAUUGUUGCAGAGGAUCGCCACUGUCACAAUGAAUGAAAAGAAAAACGCUUAAUGUUUUUCUCGCGCUAGUCUGGACUUUAGCUGGACUUUUGCAAAGGUUUUGUAGAGUCACUCAUCCCUUACCGGCAGAGCUGCGAGCCUGUGUGGCAGCUUUUUUUCCCGAUGUCCAUUCUUCAGUACUAUGCGUUCUUCGCUGCAUCGGAACCUCUGAAGGUUGUGAACAGCAGACGAGUUGCUAGAAUUUCCGGACAUAUUUUAGAGCUCCCUAGGCACACUUCACUUGCUCAGUGACUAACAUUUUUCUUUAGCUCGCAUAUGCAGUUGCCCCGGCGGAAUGGAAGUCGGCAGCGCUCAAGUGAAUUCCCGCAGCAUAUGUUGUCAUAUUAUAGUCUUUCAGAGAGAAUAUGCGCUCUUUCUCAUGUGUGAAGCACGUUGCAAUUUUUUUUGUAGUAAGGCGGAUUUGUGAUGUUUUUUUUUGGCGUAUGUGUUGUUUGGUUACCAGUGCGGAUCGUAGCUGCGUAGGUAGGCAUGUACCUUUCUAGUGAUUUGUAUAGACAUCAAUUGAUGAGCGAUGCAUACUUUUUUCAGUCAUGGCAAGUCAACUCUACGCCGUUUUUUUUUUAGGGCACAAUAAUGAAUCGACGUGUCAACAACUUGCCAUUGCGCCGACGUCGGUGAUCAAAGGAUGGUGUGUUCCAUACCAUCUUUUCUUUUAGACAUUUUUGGCAACAUCCUAGGAAGUGACGGGUUGAGGUGUAGCAUGUUCUUUAAGGUUGUUGAUACACAAAAAGAGAGUAUGUCUGUUGCUUGUUGUAUUUUAAUAUGUACGUCUACUUUGUAAGGAAUAAAAUGUUUAUGCAUGCA